CUGACGUCAGUCGGAGCUGUCCUGGCGCUAUAUAAGGCUGGCGGCGGUCCCGGGACAGACCCCGCGUUUCCCCAGGCGCACUCGGCCCGCCCCAAGGGACAGAGGCUGGAGCUCCGUCUCGCGCCGGGCGGGCGCUCUCCGACAACCUGGCCGGCGGCAUCAUGAGGCAGGCGGGACGCGCGGCGCUACUGGGGGCGCUGCUCCUUUUGGCACAGCUGCGCCCCGGGAGCAGCCAGUGGAGCCCGGCGGAGGCGGAGGCGGCGGCCGGGGUCCAGGACCCGAGUCUCCGUUGGAGCCCCGGGACGCGCAACCACGGCGGCGGAGCCCGCGCUCUCCUCUUGCUGCUGGCUGAGCGGUUUCCGCGCCGCGCGGGAUCGGGCAGCUGGGGACCCAGGACUGCGAGCGAGCGGCCGCGGCGCGACGACCCUCCUCUGUCCAUUGACCUCACUUUCCACCUACUGCGGACCCUGCUGGAGCUGGCGCGAACGCAGAGCCAGCGGGAGCGCGCCGAGCAGAACCGCGUCAUAUUCGACUCUGUGGGCAAGUGACCGUCGGGCCGGGGCCGGCAAAGCCCCUACCUCUUCCCCCUCCACGGGCUGGACCGUGCGCGACCGGAACUGACUCAGUCCCGCUGGGCAUCGUGCGUGGCCCAGUCACCCAGGGCACUCCCUGCGUGUCUUUUUUUUUUUUUUUUUAAAUAAAAGUGCGGAAGAGCC